CUGAGCUCGAUCACGUGGCUCCGUGUCGAAGGUCAGUCCAGCACAAUGGAGCUGCCAGAGUAUGCACUGAAAGGGUUGCAAUUGCUGGCCGAUCCCAGCCAUUUCUCCGACAAAACAUUCCACAUUUUAGUGGAAGCGGCUUUCGCGAGCCUCCUAAACCCGCAAACCGACGGAGAAACUUUGAAUCAUGUAGAACUGAGAAAUUUGGACUUGACUUUGGUGAAACAAUGCCAUGUAGCCAUCGUAACCUGUGUGUUGGAGGCAGGAAAACAAAACGCCGACAUAUCGACUAUAAGCACGUUGUUGGAAGACUGUGGAUUUGGAGGAGAAAGAAUAGACUUACUUUGCACAAAUUACCAGAAGAACAAAGAUAAAGUGGAAACCCUACUAGGAGGCUUGGGGAGAUUUCCUUCUCACAUCAUUGAUGCUUCUUGGCGCUUGGAAUAUCACAUUAGGAACAACCAUCUGCAUAAAGUUAAUCAGCCAGCAUAUCUGUUGACAUUAAAUGUAGAGAAUGGAUCCCAACCAGCUCAGGACGUUACUUUUAGUUGUACAAUGGAGCAAUUGCAGGAUCUUUUGGGGAAGUUGAAGGACGCGGCUAAAAGCAUGGAGAAGGCGAGUCAGAUGUAAUUGAUGGAGCUGUGGGGACCGCGAUUGAACUCCCAAGCUGUGGGUGGCAUUAAAUGAAUCCGCCAAAACCUGCGCGCUUCCAGAUCGUGUGCAAGUGUACAGACAAGCCAUAAGUAGUUCAAACGUUGUAUUUGACGAAACGUAUAACAUUCUGUCGGCUACGUCAUAUGAAAUGAAACGCUUUUGAAGACGAAGACUUUUGCUGUAUUAGACUUGAAUAUUUAUAGAAUAAACAAUAUUUUGUACCUUAGCUUGUGUUCAGCUGUAAAUACUACACUUUUCUGAAAUAAAGAUUCUUAUGACCUGA